ACAGAAACUGGUAGAUGAAGUCUAUGAUUGAUGUAUGAGAAAUUAUAUCCUUCCAUUGGCCACUGCAGAUGAUGAUUCUGUUACAGACCGAAUAGCAAAUUAAGCUGCUCAUUUACCAGACUGUAGGAGCCCAUGCAUGAAGCCACGUAGCGACCUCCGGCCACUUCUCUGCCCAAAUGCCCGCUCUAUGGGCCACGCCUUCCUCUCUCUCCUCUACCCACCUUCUCCAUCUCUCCCACCCAAAGUUGCGCUAAAGAAAAAGUAUCUUCGGCCAAACCCCAAGGUUUCAGCCAGCUGAUUCCAAGCAUGGUGAAGCUCGCCACGGCUCGAGAGAGCCGGACAUACGGCCCCCGCCGGGCCAGAAACCGGUGGGAGUACAUCAACGCCGGCCUCUACCUCUUCGCCGCCAUCCUCCUCAUCGGCGGCUUCGUGGCACAGCUCGCCCCGACGCCACUCCGUGCCAAGUCAGGGCUUGUAGUUGUCCUCAUUGGACUAGCUUUGUUCACCUUGGUGAACUGCCACGAUCUCGUCGCCCACAUGGCCGGAAUCGACUACUGGUUCGCGCUAAUGGAGUUCGAUGUGCAGUUAGCUCUAGUGGAGUUCGCCGUCCCUCUGGUGAACAUUUUGGGAUCCAUCCUCACCUUCAUAGGUGUUCUCUUCUUUCUCAUACAGGCAGAGAGAGGAUAUGGUUACAGGCUAGAAAAGCAUGCUUUGAACACGCUGAUCGCAGGGCCCGUGUUCUGGGCCCUCGGUUCGAUCCACAAUCUGUGCCAGAUCUACGAGAGAUCUGAUGGCCGUGUCCAGAUCCUGCAAAAGAGCGUCCAGGUUCCCUUCUUCAUGGGAAGUUUGCUGUUCUUGGUGGGUGGUGUUGUCAAUAGGAAUGAUAUCUACGGCUCGAUCCAUACCAGCUUAAAGAUUCUGGGGAGGAGUUGGGUUUGGUUGUGUCUAUCUGGAAGCUUGCUGUUUGCGACUGGGGGGCUGCUGAAUUUGGUGAAGGUUUUCAAGAUGCAGCAAAUGGAUAGGAUGGGGCUCGAAAAGCUUCGCGGUGGGGCACAGGAGAGAUUCGGGAGGGAGAGGGAGGGUCAGGUUCCCCUUAUCUUGGAAAAUAGUAGAAGGAAGACAGGUGAGGAAGUGAGAGCAGUGUCUGUAGACAGCGGGAGAAGAAAGCAGAACGAGGAAGUCAGACAAAUGUCUGAAGACGGUAGGAGGAGGACUUCGAGUGAGGAAGUGAGGUGUGUGGUAGCUCCUGUGCCAGUUCCCACUCCCACAACAUACAAGGAUGUUCUGGUUGGCUGCCGAUCUAAAAGUGCAAGUCUCGAUCAGUUUUGCUUUUCGUGAGGUGGCAUCGGUUCUUCAUAUUUUUAUGAUUGCCCGACCGACUGGAAGAUAUUCUAAACUACCUUGUUUUCCCUUCUGUUUUUAGCAUUAUUGAGAAUUUUUAAUAGAUUCAAUUAAAGUAUC